CGUUAACUCACGGCUUCAUUCUGCAUUUACAAACAGCUCAGCCAUGUCUGGUCGAGGAAAAGGAGGAAAAGGACUCGGAAAAGGAGGCGCCAAGCGUCACCGUAAAGUUCUCCGUGAUAACAUCCAGGGCAUCACCAAGCCCGCUAUCCGCCGUCUUGCCCGUCGUGGCGGUGUGAAGCGUAUCUCCGGUCUGAUCUACGAGGAGACCCGCGGUGUUCUCAAGGUGUUCCUGGAGAACGUGAUCCGUGAUGCCGUCACCUACACCGAGCACGCCAAGAGGAAGACCGUCACCGCCAUGGAUGUUGUCUACGCUCUGAAGAGGCAGGGACGCACCCUGUACGGCUUCGGCGUAGCAAAACCCGCGCCCAAGAAGGGCUCCAAGAAAGCAGUUUCCAAGGUCGCAGUUAAGGGCGGAAAGAAGCGUCGCAAGUCCAGGAAGGAGAGCUAUGCCAUCUACGUCUACAAGGUGCUGAAGCAGGUCCACCCCGACACCGGCAUCUCCUCCAAGGCGAUGGGGAUCAUGAACUCCUUUGUCAACGACAUCUUCGAGCGUAUCGCUGGUGAGGCCUCUCGCCUGGCUCACUACAACAAACGCCGCACCAUCACCUCCCGGGAGAUCCAGACCGCCGUCCGCCUGCUGCUCCCCGCAACUAAGAAGAAGACGGCAGCACCUAAGCCGAGGAAGGUUGGACCCAGUGUGAGCGACCUCAUCGUCAAAACCGUGUCCGCCUCCAAAGAGCGCAGCGGAGUUUCUCUGCCGGCGCUUAAGAAACUCUUGGCCGCCGACGGCUACGACGUGGAGAAGAAAAACUCCCGUGUCAAGACCGCUUUGAAGAAUCUGUUGGAAAAGGGAACCCUGGUCCAUACCAAGGGCAACGGAGCUUCUGGUUCUUUUAAGAUCAGCAAAGAGGAGAAGAAGCCAUUAACUAAGCCUGCUGCCCCUAAAGCUAAGAAGACCGCUGUCAAGAAGCCCGCCGCCGUCGAGAAGUCUCCCCGAAAGGUGAAGACACCACGGAGUGUUACCCCCAAGAAGGCCCAAAAGCCCGCUGCGGCCAAAAAGUCCUCGAUCAAGAAAAGCCCCAAGAAGGUUGUAGCCAAGACUCUAAAGAAGGCGCCCAAGCCUGUCGUUAAGAAAUCCCCCGCAAAUAAAUCCCCGGAGAAGAAGGCAUCCAAGCCCAAAGCCGUCAAGAAGACGGCCCCAAAGAAGAAACUUGAAAUGGCAAGAACUAAGCAGACCGCGCGUAAGUCCACCGGUGGCAAAGCCCCAAGGAAGCAGCUCGCCACCAAGGCUGCCCGAAAGAGCGCCCCGGCCACCGGCGGCGUGAAGAAGCCCCAUCGUUACAGGCCCGGGACCGUGGCCCUGAGGGAGAUCCGUAGGUACCAGAAGUCCACCGAGCUGCUGAUCCGCAAACUGCCCUUCCAGCGCCUGGUGAGGGAGAUCGCUCAGGACUUCAAGACCGACCUGCGCUUCCAGAGCUCCGCCGUCAUGGCUCUUCAGGAGGCUAGCGAGGCUUACCUGGUCGGUCUGUUCGAGGACACCAACCUGUGCGCCAUCCACGCCAAGAGGUCAAUCAUGUCUGGUCGAGGAAAAGGAGGAAAAGGACUCGGGAAAGGAGGCGCCAAGCGUCACCGUAAAGUUCUCCGUGAUAACAUCCAGGGCAUCACCAAGCCUGCUAUCCGCCGUCUUGCCCGUCGUGGCGGUGUGAAGCGUAUCUCCGGUCUGAUCUACGAGGAGACCCGCGGUGUCCUCAAGGUGUUCCUGGAGAACGUGAUCCGUGAUGCUGUCACCUACACCGAGCACGCCAAGAGGAAGACCGUCACCGCCAUGGAUGUUGUCUACGCUCUGAAGAGGCAGGGACGCACCCUGUACGGCUUCGGCGGUUAAUCCAUCUUCUCCAACCCAAAGGCUCUUUUAAGAGCC